UUAUUUUUGACACUGUUGACAUUUCGAUGUUUGUGUUUUUAGAGCGUCGGUCGAACAAAAAACGCUCAAUUUUAAAAGAAACACGGUAAACCCAUCUUAUUUAAGCAUAAAUUAGAUAUGUAAACGCGUUACCACACGUAUUUGAACAAAAAUGACUUUUAUGUCGGUUGCUCAUUACUUGCAACUGGUGGAGAAGUACUGGCGGUCGCAAGACGGCGCAAAAAUCGCCACCUAUUUAUCCCUGCGGCACGAACAUGCAGGUUAUGCUAACUACCAUGUGGAAAGCCCGGAGGGGAUUGUUGAGCGUUUUCUUACCACCCCCAUUGACGAGUUGGUUGUUUUACACCUAAAGUGUUUGUUUGCCAUCAGCCAGAACGAUUAUCAGUCGGCUUAUAACCUCCAAAGUAGUUUGACUCAAACUUUCACCAAAAUUUUGCAGUCUCAGAAGGAGGAGAACUGGUCUUUGCCUAUCAUGUACGUUCUAUGUUUGGAUCUGCGCCUUCUGGCACAGUUAGCCGAGAAUCAGCGGGUUGGAGUUAGCGAGAAACCCGGAGAGAUUCUUGAAAAAGCCGCUGAGUGUUUGAUGGGGUGCUUCAGGGUUUGUGCCGCUGAUAACCGGUCGGCUGAAGAAGACACUAAACGAAUCGGGAUGUUAGCGUUAGUCAAUCAGUUGUUUAAGGUGUAUUUUCGGAUUAAUAAGCUCCAUUUAUGUAAACCGCUAAUCCGGGCUAUCGAGUCGUCCCCUUUUAAGGAAAGUUUUUCGCUGAGUCAGCAGAUCACGUACCGGUAUUUCGUAGGCCGCAAGGCCAUGUUUGACAGCGACUAUAAAGUAGCCGACGAGUACUUAACGUACGCUUUUGAAAAUUGUCACAAACUCAGCAAAAAGAAUAAAAGACUAAUUUUAAUCUACUUAGUUCCAGUUAAAAUGCUCUUAGGUUAUAUACCUAGUAGAGAAGUUUUAGAAAAGUAUGACUUAAGUCAGUUGUGGGACUUAGUGCAGGCGGUUUGUCAAGGCAACUUGAAAGCGUUUGACGACUUGAUGGAAAAGCACGAGACUUUUUUUAUCAAGUGCGGGAUUUACUUAAUUGUGGAUAAAUUAAAAAUCAUCGCGUAUCGCAACUUGUUUAAGAAGGUCUACUUGAUUUUGAAUACCCAUCAGAUACCGGUUGAGGCUCUGCAAACUGCUUUGGUGUAUUUAGGGCAGACUGAUGUUGACUUAGACGAAACUGAAUGUAUUGUUGCAAACCUUAUUUAUGAGGGUAAAAUUAAAGGAUACAUUUCUCAUCAGCACAGGAAGGUUGUUGUGAGCAAGCAGAAUCCGUUUCCUCCGCUUACCAGUUUAUCAUAGUCUCCUAUGACAGGUUUACUUUGCUGAGUUAUGCAGACUAGGUUACUUGUACAUAAGUUUGUAAUUUAGAAUGUUUAUACGAAGUUUCUUCCAAAUGUGAGUGCUUGAUGAAAGGAGUGUAAAUCUGAAAUAAAGCGUUCUUUGUAAUUUUUCAAAUCAUAUAAAUUAUAUAAAUCAAGAUGGCGGCGACAUGCUUUGACGCUGAGAAAAGUACAAAAUUCGUCUCGUGAUACGUGGGACCCGAAUUUUAAUUGUAAGCGUAAAUCUUUAAUUUUUGAACACGCUCAUUUUGGAGGAUCGUUUCAAUCUUGUAUCAUAUUUAGGUGUUAAAGUCUACAUUUAGGUACACCUGUAUUGCUCACUAAUUUGUUGCUGCUGAAAAGGCGUCAGAGAGUUCUUAAUGUGAUAAAAAGUACUUUUUCCAUGGAA